UGGAAGCCAUCAAAUUAAGCAGAAACAGACAACUGCCAGGACGACGACGACACAGUGAAAACGACGUCGCUUAAGUGAGAACUCUAAAAUGGCGGUGAAAUUUCGAGUAAGGAAGAAGGACCUGGGAGUCUCGUACGUCUUUCUACAUACGUCAAAAAGUGAAGUUUGUUUUCAUACGGAUCUAUCUUUUGAGUUGACUUCAUAGCUUUCCUUUCAAAGCUGUGAAAUUGACGGCUGGCUUUGUCCGGCGCAGGAAGGUGCGAGAGGUCAUCGCCAUUUUUGAUCACGUAAGAAGUUCCAAUAAUGAUGUGUUGCUGACACACUCGCACGAUUGUUAUUGCUAGUGGUGGGUUCCAUUUCAGCUUCCGUCGUGAUCCUUUAUUCCAAGUUUCGAUUCUCUUUGAAAUCCAGGUUCUUCUCUGUUGGGUUCUAUUUUCUGGGUUGAUUUUUUUGGUGGGUGUUCAGCUUUUAGUUAUUGAAUAUUUGGGAUUUUGAGUUGUCUAUGGAAGCAAGCAUGGCAUUGGACAGGAUUCAUUCGUGGACACUGGGUGAUCUUAUAGUUUCUUUUGUUGAACUCGCCGUUGCAUAUUUCCUCCUCUGUACAUUGGCUUUUGCUUUUUUCGCUUCCAAGUUUUUGAAUGUUUUGGGGAUACACUUGCCAUGCCCUUGUAUUGGGUUCCUGGGGUAUCAAAAUAGGGAUUUGUGCUGGCACAGACUGCUAAUUGAUUGGCCAAGGAGAACAAUUUGCUCUGUUCAAGUUUUAGUAAACAGCAGGCUCCCUUGUAAUUCAGUUUGGGUUCAAGAUCAAGCUUGCUAUAGGGAUGUCGGGUUACUAAAAGAUGCAAAAUUGGAUAACCCGGCACAUGAGUUCAGGAGUGAAGCUUGUUCCACGUCAUUUUCUGGACUGAGAUUGCAAGACUUGGCCGAUAAAGAAAUUGGACAUGAUGCUAAGGGAAAGAGAAUUACGAAUCCAAAACAACGGUCAGGAACAAGGUGGCGCAGGAGAGGUGUGCUUGGAAAUGGAAAAUUCCCUUCUGUGCUGGUCGCAGAUAAUGCACAUACAGUUGUUGCAGGUGUUUCCAGUAAUAUGUAUGAUGGCAGCAAAAUGAGAAGUGAGAGUUUCAAUCCUGACGGUGGGAUAGAGGAUGGUGCUCGGGAUGAGGCAAAUGCUAGAAAUGGACUGGACACUAUUUUUCCAGUUGACAAACUUGCAUGCAGCCCUCAAGAUAAUGUUGGGAUGGCUGAAACCCAUUUACAUACUAUUAGAAUGUUGGAAGUAGCACUUCAAGAAGAGAAAUCCGCCCAUGCUGCUGUGUGUCUGGAGUUGGAGGAAGAGAGAGCUGCUGCUGCGAGUGCUGCUGAUGAAGCCAUGGCCAUGAUAUUGCGUUUGCAAAAGGAUAAGGCAUCGAUAGAAAUGGAAGCAAGGCAAUACCAAAGAAUAAUUGAAGAAAAAUUUGCUUAUGAUGAAGUCGAGAUGGAUAUUCUGAAAGAGAUACUCAUUAGCAAAGAGAGAGAGAACCAUUUUCUGGAGAAGGAACUUGAAGCGUAUCAUCUGAUGAAUGUUUCAAGAAAUGAGCUGCUGGAAAGUAAUUUGAGUUACCAGACCAAUGAAGGAGGAGAAGGGGCUUCUAUUUCGGCUUAUCAAAAUGAGGAUCCGGAGCACACUGAGAUAAAUAAAUCCACCGGUGAGGAGGAAGUGAUAAAAACUGCAAGCUGGUCUUCAAAUUAUGGGAAAGGUCUACCUGAUGUAGGAGAGAAAUUAAUCUCAAAGAAUAAGAACUUACAUUCUGAUUUAUCUCUUUCGCAGGGGUUGGUGAAGAUGUCAGAGACUGAUUCAGAUCUCUAUCAGUUUAUUCCUCGUGGGCAUAAUUUGCUUGAGAACACUACUGACUUGACAGGUAAUACAGCAAAUGCAGCCCAGAUUUGCAGUGGAAUUGUAGGACUGGAGAAAGAUGGGGAGCAUGGGAAUCAAGCAGACAGUGAUCUGGGUUCCAUGUUUAAUAGAGAGCCAUCAGUUUAUGAUGUUCAUGUCAUAGAUGACAAACCUGUAUUUCAAAAGGCGGAUGAAGGAAAGCAAAGUGGACCAUCGAAUAGUGGUACUUCAGAUACUGAAGUUCGGUGCUACAGGACGUUAAAAGCUUGCCCGGAUAUGAGGAUGUCAGAGAUUGAGUACAAUAUCCAAGAAAGCAGUUUGGAAAUGAGGUGCAGGUUACAAAUGCUGGGCGAUAGGUCCAAGCCCUUGUGCUGUGACGCAGGGAGGACAUCUUUGUCUCCAGACAAUAGUGCAAGGCUAAAAAUUGACAGUGAAGUUGAAUGGCUCAGAGAAAGGCUUCGACAAGUGAAAGAAGAGAAAGAUAAGCUGACAUUCGCUGCAGAGCAAAAGCAAAGAGUUGCUACCCAAUUGCAACUAAUAGAGGAGCUACUGAACCAUUUUCGUCAAAUUCAGGAGCUAAGAGAGCCUGUUCGGCAGGCUUCUUUUACCCCUUCAUCUUCUAAGAUGAGCUUGAAGAAAAGACGCUGCCGUAGUGUGUCCAGUGAAGCCUUGGAAAGCGCCUAGUUGUAAAUACCUGGGAAGAUUCUGGCUUGUGCAUAACUUCAUGCGACAGAUGCUGUUGAGACUUUGAGAUAUUCGUGCGUUUGUUCUUUCUUCGAACCUCGCAAUUCUCUCUUUUGUAGAUAAGCCUGUAGAUAUAAUUGUAAAGUGGCCAUGGUAGUAGUUGUUAAGUUGUUUGUAGAGUUUCCUGCACGAGAAAUCAUUGCAAUGGUCAUCACAAACGUUGAAUCUGUUUACCAGAUUUAAAAGAGGAUGUGGUAAGCAGACUUCAACGUCUGUGAUUAAAACUACAAGAAACUAUUGUAGUUGCUGGGGCCCUUAACCCCUGUGUAAACAACCUUUGUAUUGCAUGUGCUUCAAAGUUGUUAAGUUGUUUUCUGUUACGCCGGAUCAACUAUUUCGGUAUCCUAUUCAUCCAGCGGAUAAAAUUA